AACUAACAACUUUAUUGAGAUCCAAUAACAUGAUUACACCACAUUUAACAUUACACAAUGUCAAAAGAGCCCUCGACAAAAUACAUAUUUAAACACCUGCAUAAAUAUAUACAUAUAAACACCCCACUUAUGAAAAUAUAAACAUAGAUGUUUUCCAUACAGUCAUAGCCAAGUGCACAAGAAAAGUAAAUGAGUUAAAAUACAGUGACUAACAAACAAUAUUAACAACAUUAUGUCAGUGAGAAUAUUUGCCUUAUUUAUUUAAAAGAUCCCAGGGCAGAGGGCUGUUUGUCUUAGCGUCUAUUGUCUUGUCUCCCCCUGAGACGCUCCUGAAGACCAUGUCGCUGUUGAUCAUCAUCUUUUCUAUAACAAUUUUAGCUCUGCUUUUCCAGAUUUCUUGGCAUUAAAUCAACAAAAUUGUCUUGCUCCUGCAAUGCUCCUAACGAUAGUCCCCUAACUGGACAUAUUGGGGUGUCCCUGUGAGAUAGUCCACUAUCUACAACAACACAAUCGUGUGCAAAGGAUAGCACUGAAAAUGAUAAACUUCAGAGAAAAGGAAAGAAAAAGACACCAACUACAGAACGAAGAUUAACAAAGAAAACCUGUUUUAGUUCAGUUCAAUGCUGUGAAUAAAAUUAUUACCGUGCUGUAGAUUAUUCUUUAUAUGUGGAUAUUUCGGUGGGGUUUGUUGCAGAGAAUUUCAGCUUUGUAGAAGGCAUUGUCCUCUUUGGUAAGGGGAGUAUUGUUUAUGUCGACUUGGAGAGAGAAAUAAGGUCAACUCGUUCGUGUGAUUCUGUGGAUUUAUUACACAAUUUUUAUUGGAUUCACAGCAGAAUGUGAAGCUAUAGAAAAAUAAUCCAACAACAAAUAAGAAUAAAGGUCUGGAAAAGAAACGCUGGCAGAGAACAGCUUUAUAUCGAAGUCAGUCUGCUCCAUCAACCUCCACCACUGUGUUUGCUGCAGACACAACAUCUUCACUUUAUUCUAAACUCAUGGCCAACACACGGUUGUUUCAGCUCUGAAUCUCUGAGCAAAUAUGUAUCGCAACUUGAAAAUGACUCUGGAUAAAGCUUUGAUGAAUGUUAAAUAUUUUUAAGAGAGAAAAGAGUGGGAAAAGUCGACGACCUGUGCCGAGCUCCGCGGUGAGUCGGUGCGGUUUGGAGGCUCCAUGAACAAAAUAAAAACACCACCAGAGCUCAGCAUGAGCUGGACACGAAGAGACAACAGUCCGCUAUGUGCCCAUUCAGUUUCAGCCUGUUUCUCUGCUCCAACAAACGUUUAUUUUUCUUGAAUGUGUCCAGAGAAAACACAAGCAGCGACAUUCAGCCUGUACACAGGAGAGUCGGGCUGGGCUGAGUCUCUACGGUUCUCAUGGUGUGUUUAAGUGCCGCCUCCUGCUCCGAGUUUUUCAUCACUGCAGUCUGACUCUGGUUGACUAGCGACAAACGACAGGAAGGAAAAUGGCAGAAGUAGCUCCAGCUCCGGCUCUCACUCCGGCCAAAGCCGCCAAGAAGAAGGCGUCCAAACCGAAGAAAGCCGGUCCCACCGUCAGCGAGCUGAUCGUUAAAUCUGUGGCCGCUUCCAAGGAGCGGAGCGGCGUCUCUGCAGCCGCCCUCAAGAAGGCUCUGGCUGCCGGCGGCUACGACGUGGACAAGAACAAGGCCCGCGUCAAGACCGCCAUCAAGAGCCUGGUGACCAAGGGGACUCUGGUUCAGAUCAAGGGAACCGGGGCCUCCGGAUCCUUCAAGAUCAACAAGAAGGCUGAAAGCAAGGUCAAGAAACCCGUCAAGAAAGUUGCCACUAAAGCCAAGAAGCCCGCAGCGGCCGCUAAAAAGUCUCCUAAGAAAGUCAAGAAGCCCGCAGCAGCUGCUAAGAAAUCUCCCAAGAAAGUCAAGAAACCAGCAGCGGUAAAGAAAGCAGCCAAGAGCCCCAAGAAGGCCACAAAGAGUCCUAAGAAGGCUGCCAAGAGCCCCAAGAAGGUGGUCAAGAAGGCCCCUGCAGCCAAGAAAGCCCCCGCUAAGAAGGUAGCCAAGCCUAAAGUCAAGAAGGCAGCACCCAAGAAGAAGUGAGCUCCUGAAACAUCACGACUCCUCAAAGGCUCUUUUCAGAGCCACCCACACCAUCCCCUAAGAAAUCAUUCCUCACAUCAACAAAAUCACUUCUAUAUUUAUUUAAAGGAAAAUGUAGAAUCAACUUUGUUUCUAAUCGACCUUAAUGCAAUUCAUUGUAUCCUGUAAAGAUACUAUUUUAAUGUCAAAAGUAACUGCUAAAACUAAAAGAAAAAACUUUCAGUUGGUUAUAGGAUUAUAACUGGCAGAGAAUGUAAGAGACGCAGUUUAUAAUUAUGUUAAAUAACAUUUAGAACUAAAUUUGUUAGGGAUUUGCUACUUUAUGCAUUUAGGAAAGUGCAUGGUACAUGAUUUAUUUUAUGAAAGAAGUUACCAAUAAAAUAAUUGUUUACAAAUAG